UAAUCCUUACAAGAAUGUCACUAUAAAAAGGCAAAGCAAUAAUAUAUGAAUCAACCAACUUUUCUCUAGAAACAGUUUUCUACAUAGUUGUAUAAUAUGGAAGAGGAAGAAGCAUCAAAAGAUUUGUUUGGCAACUUACCAGAUGAAAUCCUUUGCCAAAUCAUUUCUUUCCUUCCUAGCGAAACAUCACUCGAAACCAGCUUCAUCUCGAAAAGAUGGAGAGGAUUGUGGAACAUAGUUUCAGUUCAACAAUCAACAAUAGUUGGCAUUGACACUGCUGUCACUAAAUUCCUCACUCGAUUCGACAAACUCAAUCCUUUAAGCCAUCCUAGGCGGCUGCAGUUACAAGAUGGCGAAAACAAACUACUCUUAGCUACACUUGCAGCCAACAAUAAACUCAGAGUUGAUUUUUCAGCUAAGGAGAAAGAAUUUCCAAGCCAUUUUGAUUUGAAGCUGCAGCUAAAUCAUCACCAUAAUUAUGCUAAAAAUCUUUGCUGUUCCACUACUUUCUAUGUCAAAACUCUACAUCUCGAAUCAGUUGGCUUUGCCACCAAGGAGGCUGUUUCUUCUCUUGUCACUAAAUUUCACUUCCUUGAGAGCUUGAAAAUCAUCAAGUGCAGUGGCUUGAAAUCUCUCCAAAUUGAGUCAAGUAGUCCAAAGAUUGUAAACUUGACAAUUUUGGAUUGUCCUCAUCUAGAUUAUCUUCACCUUAAAACUUCCAAACUUAGAUCCUUUCGAUAUCGGGGUAAGCUCCCAAGAAUUUGGCCUGAAUAUCAUUUUAAUUUGGCAGAUGCCAUGCUUGAUUUCAGACAAGGUCCUAGAACAGAUAGUGUCAUUAGUAGUAGUGACUUUGACCCUGCCAUGUUAACCAUAAAAAAUGCUCAAGUUAUUACUCUCUGUAGGUGGACUUUCGAGACCUUGAUAUGGCCCUCACUUUUUCCCAUGGGAGAGACUUUUCAAUUCUACAAGCUGCAUGAACUUUGGUGGAUUGAUUACUCAGAGGAAGAUUACAGCACAGAUUCCUUAAUAGCCUUUCUAAAACUUUGUCCUGCCUUGGAGAGGCUAUUUGUAACUGUUGACCCCCAAAGCUAUUUGGUGCCAAGAAUGAGUAGAGUCUCAAAGAAAUCUACUAGCCAUACAGAACUUGGUCAUCUCAAAGUGGUCAAACUUGAGGGUUUUAAGAAGCAAGAGGAUGAGAUUACAUUGAUUAAGAAUAUAACAGAGAUACUCACAGUAGAGCCACUUAUUAUUAUAUCAGCAUCAGAAGUUUCUACUGACGGACCUACUCCUAAACAUGCUCAAAUGAGUCUUUGACUAGUACUUAAAAUUUUGUCAAAUUUAUAUUAUAGAGAGGAUGCAUAUGUAAUAAUUUUGAACUAUGAAUGGUGUGAUAAGUUGACAAGUUAUGUUGUAUUUUGUCCAAAAAAAUGUCAGCAUAAUUACUAGUAUUAGGUUUUAGAGUAAUUAGCAUGCUAAAGAGAUAAGGUUGUAAUAAAAUUAUGAUGAUGAGGAACAAUUCUAUUUAUUUGCUUCACAGUGUCUAAGAAUUGGCAACUGGUUCAAGAUUUUCAGAGCCAUGAAAGAAAAAAAAUGAUGAUGAGGAACAAUAAAAUAAAUUGUUGAUUUGCAAAGUCUGUUUACAAUCAGCUAAGUAAGUUUUUGGGGGGGUGUAUAAAGCCUAGUGAACACAAUACAUGAUACAUAGACUAAAAAAGCCAAAAGCCAAGAAAAAAUAUAAAAUAAUAAAACCUUUACUCAAUGAUCUAAAGCUAACUAUUUAUCUAUCUACCUCUUGGAUCGAUUAACUGUGAAAAAACAGCACUAGAAGUUGCAUCAGAUUCUUGGUCAGUACUCAUGAAGUGCAGAGACAUAUGACAAGUGUCAUCAGCUUCUGUUUGGGGAAGCCAUUCUGGAAUAUCAGGAAUAUAGUUAGCACUAUUCUCAGCUGACACAGUCUGUACAGAAGCCUCUUGAAGCUGAAGAGCAUACUCCAAAUUCCACAGAACAUCUCCCAUUGUUGGCCUCUCAACACCAUAUUCAGCCAAACAUUUCUCAGCUGUUUCACCAAACUUUCGAAGAGAGUCAAGGUUUAUUGAUUCAAUCAAGUGGGGGUCAAUAAUCUUCUCCAAUCUUCCUUUCUUUUGCCAAUUCAUAGCCCAUUCUGCUAUGUUAACUUGUUCCCUUGGAAGAGUGGGAUUUAUAGCAGGCCUAGCACACAAGACCUCCAUUAGUACUACUCCAAAAGAAUAAACAUCUGAUUUCUCUGUAAGCUGCUGACGGCGAUAGUACUCUGGAUCAAGAUAUCCGAAGCUACCCUUUACUGCUGUGCUCACAUGAGUUUGAUCAAGAGUAGGGCCUAGCUUGGAGAGUCCAAAAUCAGCCACUUUCGAAGUGAGAUUCUCAUCAAGAAGUAUGUUUGUUGUCUUGACAUCGCGGUGAAUAAUGAUGUCUGAUGCUCCUGUAUGAAGGUAAUGCAGCCCCUUUGCAGCUCCAAUGCAGAUUUCUAGCCUUUGUUUCCAAGUAAGAGGAGAAAUGUUAGAGCCAUACAAGUGUUUCCUGAGAGGACCACCUGCCAUGAACUCAUAAACAAGAAUCAUCUCAUUGAGUUCCUCACAGUAGCCUAUGAGAGAAACCAAGUGUCUGUGGCGAAGCUUUGAUAGCAUUAGAAUUUCUGUUCUGAAUUCAUUAAGUCCUUGUUGUGAUCUCGGGUUUCCUCGCUUUACAGCUACAACAGUUCCAUUUUCAAGGACACCCUUGUAAACUUUUCCAAAUCCUCCAACUCCUAGAAGAAAGCUC